AUGAUGACCGCAAUGGACUUUGGCUUUGAAUGCCUCACAGCAAAUGAUUCUCAACUGAUCACCGCUCAGUGCUUUUGCUUUGUCGACGACAAGGAUGUGAUCAAAGCGGGCAAGUCCGUGGAACAAUCUGGCGAGGAUAUAUGCCACUCCGUCCAACAAGCGGCUUCCACGUGGGCUGGAGGCAUUAGUGCUACUGGAGGGGCAAUUAACCCAGAAAAGUCCUUCUGGUGGUUGAUUGACUUUGUGUGGGACUCCAGAGAGGGCAAAUGGAGGUUCCGCCGGAUGCACCAACUUCUACCGGAUCAUAACCUACAAAUACCGGGUCUGACUGGCACAUUGGAAGCCUUACGCCGUCUGGAACCGGAUGAGGCAGAGAAAACCUUGGGGGUCAUGUUGGCCCCAUUGGAAGAUCAACAGGCCCACGUCGCCCACCUCAAGAGUAUCACUAAAAAGAGGGAUGAGCAAGUGCAAUCGGGGCAUCUACAGAAAUGCAAUGUCAUUCCCCUUAUCAAGACAAAAGUGAUGAAAUCCCUGGAAUACCCAAUGGUGCUAACUACACUGGACGCUGCAACAUGGGUGUCGAUUAUGAGUCCCGUUCUCCAAGUCUGCUUGCCGAAGGCUGGCAUAUUUAGGAGCUUCCCUCGUGACAUGGUCCUUGCCCCUCUCAAAUUCCAGGGUCUGGGCAUCCCUUGUCCGUUUGGGACUCAGGUGUCCAAACAUAUUGAGGUUCUGAUCCGCCACCUGUCCAACCGAACAAAAACUGGGGCGUAUAUGGAGGCUGCGGUCCAAGAACACCAACUUGAGACCGGCACCUCCUUCGGACUCUUCCAGCAGGACUAUAGCAACAUGGCAAUUUUGGCGUCAGAUACUUGGCUCAAAAGAGUCUGGAAAGAGUUGGAGGACUUGGAUAUCUAUGUUGCUCUUGACUCUCCUCUCAUCCCUCUCCGAUGCGAAGGCGACGCCUUGCUCAUUGGGGUAUUCAUGGAGUUGGAAGUGGAUCAGGACGCUCUAAAGUGGCUCAACUGGUGUCGAACCACUGGAGGGCGUGGCAGGAGCACCUUACCCGAGCACUACUUGUCUUUGACGGACCCCAGCGCCUACUGCGUCAUCCUCUGGGCCCAUGGUUUGAUCCUCUCGACAACUGGAACUGGUUAUGAAAGCCUCCUUGCUGAAGCCCUACUCAAAGACCGGCUGUGUGUGAUCAGCGACGGUUCUUAUAAGCUCGGUCUGGGCAUGGCAGCGGUUCAACUGCCUCCACGUAAGGGUGGCAAGGAACAUAUUAUUGUUCAAAGCCAGACUCCGGGUCUACCUGAUGACCAGAGUGCAUACCGGAGUGAAUUGAUUGGUCUACUGGCCGGUAUCAUGGUUGUUGAUUGGCUCAUGGACCAGUGGGCUCCAACACUUCAAUCACCACCCCACGUCAGGAUUGCGUGCAAUGGAUUUUUGGCGUUGCUCAACACCUUUAGUGACAAUCAAGUCACAACGCAACAAGCCCAGUUUGACCUUGUCUCCUCUAUCCGGGAGACAUUGGCUCGCUCCAGGGCCUUGUGGGAACCUAGCCACGUGUACGGUCACCUUGAUAAGGCGACAUCCUUCUCGUGCCUCUCUUGGUGGUCCAAACGGAACGUGGAAGUGGAUGCGUGGGCGUCGCGAUUGAAUCCAGAACAGGUCCAGGAACUGGUGGCGCUGCCUGCUCUACGCAAGCGAUGGCACGAGCGGCAGACGAUUACAUCAGAGGCAGAGCUGGGUACCGAUUGGACCAGUCUGGCUUGCGCCAUGAGCUCCCUUCCGGCAGGUGUCCAAUGGUGGACCACAAAGCAUGUUGUGGGUAUGUGUGGUGUAGGGAAGUUCAAAGUCCGGUGGGGUUCCGCAGACUCAGCUGCGUGCCUGUUCUGUGGCAAGUUCAAGGACCACUUUCAUGUUCCUCGAUGUAUGGUGCCCUUGGCGUGUGCGGAAUGGGAGCGCCGGACGGCGAUGUUGGACCAAUGGUUGGACACUCAAGUCACUGACCCAGCCAUCAAACACGCUAUACUCCAUCUUCUUCAAGGGGUUUGUGAUCCGUCCCUCCCUUGCAGUCGGUUGGUCCUGGUUUGUCUUCACCGCGCUUUCCUCUCCCAACAAUGCAUCGGCUACCAAGGUCUAUUGGAAGGCAGGCUGUCUGUUCAGUGGGCGGCCCUGCAGGAACAGUACCUUCAGUCACAAGGGAGCCAACGCUCUCCGACCCUGUGGGUCUCUUGCCUGUCGCAUCAGCUGAUAUUGCUCGGAUUUCACAUGUGGGAACACCGGAACUCGGUGCAACAUUUGGAGGACAACGUACAUCUACGCGAACGUAGCCGAUUGGUGAACGAUGGUAUACACUCUCAGUUUGAUAUGGGCCCAACUGACCUCCCCAAGGUAGUCCAACGCAUGCUCGCCGUGAAACGCCGAACAGUGUUGAACAAGCCGUUGGUUUAUAGGGAAGAGUGGCUGAAGUUGGUUAGAAUGGAAUGCACGACCUCAACGCCGUAUCCUUCACCGCUUCUUCCACCCGGCCCAGGCCCCUUCACCCGUUUUGAGGAAUCAACGCCCCAAAAUCACCCCACCCCGUCGCCGGUAGAGUUAGGAUCCUCUCGAUCAUGA